AUGUCGGACAGUGACGACAGCAACUUCUCGGAGGACGAGAGCGAGCGCAGCAGUGAGGCUGAGGAGGCUGAGGAGAACGAGGCCGAGGAGGAGCGUGCCAGCGUGGCUGGUAGUGAGAAGGAGGAGGCCGAGGAGGAGGAGGAGGAAGAGGAGGAGGAGUAUGACGAGGAGGAAGAGGAGGAAGAUGACGACCGACCGGCUAAAAAGCCGCGCCAUGGCGGCUUCAUCCUGGAUGAGGCUGACGUGGAUGAUGAGUACGAGGACGAGGAUCAGUGGGAAGACGGGGCCGAGGACAUUCUGGAGAAAGAAGAGAUCGAAGCUUCCAACAUCGAUAACGUGGUGCUGGAUGAGGAUCGCUCCGGCGCUCGGCGGCUGCAGAACCUCUGGAGGGACCAGCGCGAAGAGGAGCUGGGCGAGUAUUACAUGAAGAAAUACGCCAAGUCCUCAGUGGGAGAGACUGUUUACGGUGGCUCUGAUGAGCUCUCGGACGACAUCACGCAGCAGCAGCUGCUGCCCGGAGUCAAGGAUCCCAAUCUCUGGACUGUGAAGUGCAAGAUCGGCGAGGAGCGUGCCACGGCCAUCGCCCUCAUGCGGAAGUUCAUUGCUUACCAGUUCACUGAUACACCCCUGCAGAUCAAGUCAGUGGUGGCCCCUGAGCACGUCAAGGGAUACAUCUACGUGGAAGCCUACAAGCAGACCCACGUCAAGCAGGCAAUUGAGGGGGUGGGCAACCUGCGCAUGGGCUACUGGAACCAGCAGAUGGUCCCCAUCAAGGAGAUGACCGACGUUCUCAAGGUGGUGAAGGAGGUCACCAACCUCAAGCCCAAAUCUUGGGUGCGCCUCAAAAGGGGGAUCUACAAGGAUGACAUCGCCCAGGUGGAUUACGUGGAGCCCAGCCAGAAUCAGAUCUCCCUCAAGAUGAUCCCUCGCAUCGACUUCGACCGGAUCAAAGCCCGCAUGAGCCUGAAGGACUGGUUUGCCAAGAGGAAAAAGUUCAAGCGACCCCCCCAACGGCUUUUUGAUGCCGAGAAGAUCCGGUCGCUGGGAGGUGACGUGGCAUCCGACGGCGACUUUCUCAUCUUUGAAGGCAACCGCUAUAGCCGCAAGGGAUUCCUCUUCAAGAGCUUCGCCAUGUCAGCCGUGAUAACAGAGGGGGUGAAGCCCACUCUGUCAGAACUGGAGAAGUUCGAGGACCAGCCUGAAGGCAUCGAUCUGGAGGUGGUGACGGAGAGCACGGGGAAGGAACGAGAGCACAACUUCCAGCCUGGUGACAACGUGGAGGUGUGCGAGGGCGAGCUGAUCAACCUGCAAGGCAAAAUCCUCAGCGUCGAUGGCAACAAGAUCACCAUCAUGCCCAAACACGAGGACUUGAAGGACAUGCUGGAGUUCCCCGCUCAGGAGCUGCGGAAGUAUUUCAAGAUGGGCGACCACGUCAAGGUGAUCGCAGGGCGUUUUGAGGGCGACACAGGGCUGAUCGUGAGGGUGGAGGAAAACUUCGUCAUCCUCUUCUCUGACCUCACCAUGCAUGAGCUCAAGGUUCUGCCACGGGACCUGCAACUCUGCUCGGAGACAGCAUCUGGCGUGGAUGUCGGGGGGCAACACGAGUGGGGCGAGCUGGUGCAGCUGGACCCCCAAACAGUGGGCGUCAUCGUCCGCCUGGAGCGGGAGACCUUCCAGGUGCUGAACAUGUACGGGAAGGUGGUGACAGUGCGGCACCAGGCCGUCACCAGGAAGAAGGACAACCGCUUUGCUGUCGCUCUCGACUCGGAGCAGAACAACAUCCACGUCAAGGACAUUGUCAAAGUCAUAGACGGGCCUCACUCGGGCCGCGAGGGGGAGAUCCGGCACCUUUUCCGGGGCUUCGCUUUCCUGCACUGCAAGAAGCUGGUGGAGAACGGUGGCAUGUUUGUCUGCAAGACCCGGCACCUCGUCCUGGCAGGCGGCUCCAAGCCACGGGACGUCACCAACUUCACCGUGGGCGGCUUCGCCCCCAUGAGCCCUCGUAUCAGCAGCCCGAUGCACCCCAGCGGGGCUGGCCAACGUGGUGGUUUUGGUGGUGGCGGCAUGAGCCGUGGCCGCGGGCGGCGGGAUAACGACCUCAUCGGGCAGACGGUGCGCAUCUCCCAAGGACCUUACAAAGGCUACAUCGGGGUGGUGAAGGACGCGACAGAGUCGACAGCCCGUGUGGAGCUGCAUUCCACCUGCCAAACCAUCUCGGUGGACCGUCAGCGCCUGACCACUGUGGGCUCACGGCGCCCGGGCGGGAUGACGUCGGCCUACGGGCGCACCCCCAUGUAUGGCUCUCAGACCCCUAUGUACGGCUCC